AUGCUCAGAAGUCCAGAAAUGAGAUUCCAUAAGCUUAGGUACGAAUACACCUCUUCUUCUUCUCGCUUUCAAAUUUUCCGUCUUCUGCGGCGUCGUGAUGUUGCUACUGAUGCAAGAGGGGAGAAGGAUGGUUAUGGAGGGGAGAAUGAGAUCAGAGCAGGGAAAGAUGAAGAUUCUUCUACAGAAUUCCAGUGGGAAUCUCAAUUGGUUUGGUUCAUAUCAGGGCUAUUGGGAAGCAAAGGCAAAAGGAAAACACCAAGUGAGGAUUUGAAUGAGUUUGGAGAUGAUAUGAAGUUGGAACAAAAGACGCAUAAUACGAAGUUUUGGAAGCUUGAAGUUUGA